UAGGACUCCUAAAAGAUUCAACGACUGGAAUAGGAGAAGACGAGGAACUUUAGCUAUACUAGGAAACUUGCCGCAUUGUGGAGAUGAUUUGUUUUAAGGCACUUUGUCCAUCUAUCCCUGCAUUUGAUUUGUAAUAAAAAAACAUCGCCUGCAUGACAAGAUCUUGUCACAGGCUUCAAAGGAGCGAAGGCUGGUGUUUCAGCAACUGCACCUCGAGUAUGCUGGGGCUCCGAAUAGCAGCCAUUUUUGAAUCACACAUAGAUGAAGGGCAUUUCGUCUUCGCAUUCAACAUACAAUAGAAGCCACUCGAAAACAAUAGACUGAAAUAUUUUAACAACUUGCAUGAUUUAUGCAAUUAGUUCGGCCAAAGAAAAUUCGGUGUCUGCAUUUGAAUCGUGCUUAUGUCGAAUUAUAAGGCAAACAGUGUCGAACUGAACAGCUGCAUCGAAUGAUAUAAAAGUUCUGUACCAAAGUGAUUCAGCCGCCAUAUUCAUCAUGUACUGAAUUAAGUCAAAUUAAUACAGGACAUGAUUACAACGCGUUCUAAACUUGGCCAUUCAAUGUAAAGUAAAAAUUCAAGCAAGUUUGCUGUGCAUUUAAAGAUUGGAAAUUAUAAAAAGUUGAGGUAUGACCGAGGCAACUUAAACAGGGACUAUAUUCUCUUGAAUUAAAACAGCACAUCGUUAAUGCCUUCAAGGAGAUUAACUGCGUAAAAAUGAAAUCAGUAUACAGGUGUCUUUUGGGUAUUCCUCCAACGCCUCUCUUCAUCUCUGGCCUGUGAUUAAAGUCAUUGCAAGUCGUAUGUUAGCAAAGAUUAGUCAAGUACGUGAUAGCUUGAUGUUAUCAAAAUUGAAAGCUGCAAAGGUACCGAAUAAGCUGUUCUACGUAAUGAACUAAUUUUUUUUGUGGCAAAAAUAUAAUUGUAUGCAGUCUACUUUGAAUUAGCAAUUGCAUCAGUUACUAUCGAUACAAAUUAGUUUAACUAAUCAUGAAUUGUCUGGCUGGCAUUGGCAUCCCAUUCUAGCGGUCAUUCAAUAUAGAGGUUUAUUUUUAAAUCAUGUGUAUUUCCACAGGUAGAUUAUCCAACAAACAAAUGCAGAAAUUUUCAUUUUAGCUACAAAGUCUUUGAUGCGAUCAAUAGGGCAGGAUUAAAACUUUGUUUUUCAUAUUGAAUUUGCAGCUGGCUUUCUGGCAACAGCACUUCAAAAUAGGUAUAAAAUAAAAGCGGAUCUCUAAUCUUUUCUGAAAGGUUUGAGUUUGUGUGAGAGAAGCAUCAGUGAACAGGGUAAUAGGAACUUGGUAGUUGAUGAUUAAGACAACUAAAGUGUUAUUGAAGCUGCCAUCAGAACUGCAAGAUGAAAGUUGCUGCUAUUUAUAUCAUUGUCUGCAUCGCUAUGAUCUUACCUGACUUGGCUUCAACUGGUACAAAUUUUGAAUUGAUAAAAAAUGCUGAACCUUCAACACAUACAGUAUGGAAAAGUCCUUUGGUUGAUAAAAUAUUUUUUCAGUGCGAUAGAGAAAUGGACUGUCAAUACUUGGUUAAAGAAUUUGGAUCUGAAGAAUUCAAGAUAUUGCGUAAGGGAUAUGAACUUAAAUCACACGAAAAUUAUGCUGUUAUCUGGAAGAAAAUUCAAGUUGGUAACAUGCAUAAUCUUGCUUUGGAGAAAGCAGUGAGCAUGACUGCCAUUUACAGAAACGCAACAGUUGCUUCGAAUGCUGUAGACGGAAACAGGGGUACAGAGUUCAACUCCUGUGCACAGACAAGUUUGGGAUUCCCUGCUUGGCUGCGAGUUGAUUUGGGAAAGAAAGCAGUUGUCAAAUCUGUCCAUGUAAUAAGCUUAGAAGCUCGCAGCAGAGCUAUGAGCCAAUUCAGUAUAAAGGUUGGUCAAAGCACUGAAAAUGGAGGACAAGGCAAUUCUGCUUGUGGAACAGGAAUAACCAUUCCUAAUUCAGACAAUAACAUAACUGUACAGUGUCCGGAAAACACAGUCGGACGUUACGUGUCGAUCACUCUAAACGGUUACAUUGAAGUUUGCGAGAUGGAAGUGCUUGGAUAUUUCGUAUCCUGAAGAUGACAGGGCAAAUGUAAAGCAUAUUCAAGUCUUUUCUCAAUAAGCGAUAAUUCAAUAAAAGAAUGACUCUGACUAUAAUUUAAGCCUGUAGAAAGUGAUUUUAGCUGUUGUCACUAAGUACCUCUAUUUUUUGGCUUAAAGUGCCUAGGCCUAUCUAAACCCUAACCUGAUGUUAUUAGGUCUUUGCCUGUUGUCCUGUCGAAGCCUCCACUUGUUUCUAUUUCUACAUUACAGGAGUGAACAUUUUCCAACUUUUUUUUAUUUCUCCCUCCAUCUUUUUCUUUCUUAAACUUUGUUUUGCCCUCCAUUCACACAUGACCUAAUGUCUAAGUACAGGAGGACAUCCGGUAUUUAGCUUUUUCCAACCCCUAAAUGCUUAAACCCCUCCCCCCCUCCCUCCUAUAAUACCGAAAAUUUAUCUUGUUAAUUUUCCACAAAAUUGACAAUAAAGAAGUACUGUGAAGCUGCCUAAUUUUUAGCUUUCUCAGCAAGCAAAAGAUUGUUUCUCUAGACAGCCUCGUUGUGUAAAUUAUGUGGAUUUGUGAAUUUGAUCAAUAUAUCAUUCUAAAUAUCGCUGUUAUCGGUAAAGCAUCCUCUUCAGCUUGUGAGAUUUUCAAGGUAACGAACAAAGUAUACUGCAUGGCAUGAGCAGUGAAGUUUGUGCAAUCUCAUCUGGAUAUCGAAACCAAAACUGAUCCCAGGAUUGUUCAUAAAUUCUCAAUUAUUGCCUUUAUUGGCUCGACAAGUAUCCACUAAAUUCUAUACAUGUGAUAAAUUGCAAUUGCAAAAAGUACUUAACUGCUGAGAAAGUUUUGACUUUAUCUGAAAAAAUUAAUAACAAUCCGAGGUACAGAAAAAAUUAAAAACAGUCAGCCUGUACCUCAAUCUCAAUUUACAAGUUCUUGUACUGAAGAGAGUUGAAUCACUCCAAAAGGACAAUUACUAGUUUACAUAGUUAUCUUGCCAGUUACAAUUAGUAGACUCCAUUACAAUUAGUAAAGAAGAAAAGGAAAAAGAACACUUAUAAAUACCAUGUUUAGAGAUUUAGAGAUGGCUAGCUUUUUGCAAAGUAUGUCUAAGGCUGUUUAAAGAAACCCAAUGUUUGUUGUUUUAAUUGAGAUGGAGGUUUUACAAACUUUCUCUCCUAGCACUGGCUUUUCAAAACAUUCUCCCGAACCUUACAACGCAUGUUCCAUCAAUACAAUUUUUAAAAGGUGAGAUAUGGAACGUCAACAGUGGAUUUAGAAAAUGCAGCAGUUUUUUCAGUUGAGUAUUCAAUAUUGGCUCCAUUUUAUACGUAUAAAUGUAAAAGAAGCAAAAAUUAGUGUAAGAAAUGAACCAAUUCCAUUCUUCUACCACCACCCCCCUCCCAAAUAGGAAUUAGUUCCAUCAACACCGUAACACAAGUUCUAAUUAAGAAAAGACAGAAGGCUUCUGUCUAAUUUAGAAAACUAGAAUGUGGAAGUCUGUACUAUUAAGGAAAGCUGCAUGCUACUUGUAUGUAAUUUUUAUAAGUUUAGCAGUCAAAAUCUAGUAUUUUAAUUGCUAUAGGUUACCUCAUAAGAACCAAUAAAUACAGUUUAUAUUACUUGAAUUUUCCCCCCACUUUUUCUAAUAAGUAUGACAUAUCACUGGAGUUAUCUGAUUGACCAAUUCUCAUUUCGCAGAUGUAUGAGUAUGAGUUAGGGGAUGUUUGUUUAACU